GGGCCCGCGGCAGGGGGCGUGGUCGCGCCGCCUCCGCCGCUCCGGUUCCAGCCCAGCCUCACGGACUCAGAGAUGGAAAUCCCGAGGCCGCUCCCAGCUCACGGGACACCACAGGGCGGCAGCGGCUGUGGCGGUAGCUCCGCGGGCGGCGUCCGGGUCCACCGAAGUCCUGACCUGUCGGCUGGUCAGACCCCGGCGCGCCGCCUCCUGCUGCUCCGGGGCCCCCAAGAUGGCGGGCCCGGGCGGCGGCGCGAAGAGGCCCGCACUGCCUCACGGGGCCUGGGCCCGAGCUUGUUGGCGCCGAGGCCGGAUUCUGCCGGCGGCGGCGGCGGCGGCGGCGACGACGACUUCUUCCUGGUGCUGCUCGACCCGGUGGGUGGCGACGUGGAGACCGUGGGCGCGGGUAAGGCCGCAGGGCCCGUGUGGAGGGAGGAGGCCGAGGCGGGGCCGGAGCCCCAACGGGGCGAGAGCGGCGCGAGCCCUGCGGCCCGGCCUGCGCUGGGCCCCCGCUGCCUGUCCGCGGCCCCCGUCCGGUCCCCGGCCCCGGCUCUAGGCUCGGGCCCCGCGGCGGCCUUCGCGGGUACCAUCACUAUCCACAACCAGGACCUGCUAUUGCGCUUUGAGAACGGCGUCCUCACUCUGGCCACGCCCCCGCUGCCGGCUUGGGAGCCUGGGGUCGGGCCUGCCCCGCAACCUAGGGAUCUGAUCGUCCCUCAAGCUGGGCUGCCGCACGCCACGCAACCUGGCGACUGCCCAGAGCUGCCGCCUGACCUCCUCCUGGCGGAGCCGGCAGAACCCGCGCCAGCCCCUGCGCCCGAGGAGGAGGCAGAGGGCCAAGCUGCCGCUCCGAGCCCCCGCGGGUCACUGGGCCCAAGCCCAGGCGUGGUGCUAUACCUGUGCCCCGAGGCACAGUGUGGGCAAACCUUCGCCAAGAAGCACCAGCUGAAGGUGCACCUGCUGACACACAGCAGCAGCCAGGGCCAACGGCCCUUCAAGUGCCCUUUGGGCGGCUGUGGCUGGACCUUCACCACCUCGUACAAGCUCAAAAGACAUCUGCAGUCUCACGACAAACUGCGGCCCUUUGGCUGCCCUGCGGAAGGCUGUGGCAAGAGCUUCACCACCGUAUACAACCUCAAGGCACACAUGAAGGGCCAUGAGCAGGAGAACUCUUUCAAAUGCGAAGUGUGUGAGGAGAGCUUCCCCACACAGGCCAAGCUCAGCGCCCAUCAGCGUAGCCACUUCGAGCCCGAGAGGCCCUACCAGUGUGCGUUUUCCGGCUGCAAGAAGACAUUCAUUACAGUGAGUGCCCUGUUUUCCCAUAACCGUGCCCAUUUCAGGGAACAGGAACUCUUUUCCUGCUCUUUUCCUGGCUGCAGCAAACAGUAUGACAAGGCUUGUAGGCUGAAAAUUCACCUGCGGAGCCACACGGGUGAGAGACCUUUCCUUUGUGACUUUGAUGGCUGUGGCUGGAACUUCACCAGCAUGUCUAAACUCUUAAGGCACAAAAGGAAGCACGACGAUGACCGGAGGUUCACGUGCCCCGUGGAAGGCUGUGGGAAAUCUUUCACGAGAGCCGAGCAUCUGAAAGGCCACAGCAUAACCCACUUGGGCACAAAACCUUUCGUGUGUCCUGUAGAAGGCUGUUGUGCCAGGUUCUCCGCUCGAAGUAGUCUCUACAUUCACUCCAAGAAACACCUGCAAGAUGUGGACACUUGGAAAAGCCGUUGUCCGGUCUCCACCUGUAAUAAGCUCUUCACCUCCAAGCACAGCAUGAAGACCCACAUGGCCAAAAGGCACAACCUUGGCCAGGAUCUCUUAGCUCAGCUAGAAGCCACAGAUUCUCUUACACCCAGCAAUGAACUUACCAGCCAGGGACAGAAUGAUCUCAGUGAUGCCGAGAUAGUGUCUCUCUUCUCUGAUGUGCCUGGCAAUAGUUCUGCUGCAGUGUUGGACACAGCAUUAGUGAACUCUGGGAUCUUGACCAUCGAUGUGGCUUCUGUAAGCUCAUCUCUGGCAGGGACCCUCCCUGCUAGUAAUAAUAAUUCCUUAGGGCAGGCUGUGGACCCCCGGGCCUUGAUGGCCACCAGUGACCUUCCUCAAAGUCUGGAUACCUCUCUCUUUUUUGGAACAACGGCAGCCAGUUUUCAGCAGAACACCUUAGAUACGGAUGAUGUCUCAGGUGCAGCUGCCGGGCCCUUGGGAUCUCUGGGUUCUGUGGCUAUGAAAAGCUCCAGUCCUGAGCCCCAAGCUUUGACACCCAGCAGUAAGUUAACAGUGGACACAGAAGCUCUGACUCCUUCCAGCACCCUUUGUGAAAACAGUGUCUCAGAACUACUGACACCAACCAAAGCAGAUUGGAAUGUACAUCCUGACUCUGACUUCUUCAGACGGGAGGGACAAACCCAGUUUGGAUUCUCCAAUCCAACAGGAAACCAUGGUUCUCAGAAAGAAAGAGAUCUUACCACAGUGACUGGCAGCUCAUUUCUGGUAUGAAACAACUGUAUUCAUUCCUCGCUGUGUGGCUUAAUUUUAGUACAUACACUCAGUUCUGAGGGUGUUCUGGAUUAAAUGUUUAAAUACUGUCAUGUUCUUUUGGAUUUGCAAUAGAACACAGCCCUGGACUACUAGUUUGGGGAUUUAAAUUCUGAUCUUUAGUCUGGAACUGACAAGCUCUGUGGUCCUGAGCAAACCACUUAACCUAUCUGAUCUGAAUUUACUUAUUUAUAAAAUUAAUUCUUUUCGAUUGGUUUUUGUAGGGUUGAUUCAACUCUGUGAUUCAUUGAUAACAUCCUUUCCUUCUAAAUUAUUUGAAUGUUUUGCAGUUAUGAGGUUGCAUGUUGAUUUUUUUUCAAACAUGUAUAAAAAUCGCUGUGUACUAAUUAACACCCAUGUGCUAUUCACCCAUUCUCUUAAGUGUCUGUUUCUUUUGUAUGUAUCCCCUUGAGAUCUUGUUUUUUUCUUGGUGUUUUACUGUUUGAAUAAACAGGUUGUUUCCCAUGAUUUUGCCUAGCUUUUUAGCUGUUUGUAACUGUUUUCCUAUGGUGGUAUUUAAUUUUUUUCAUCAAUUUUGUAGUUGGAUGUGGAAAUUUGAUCAGUAUGUGCUGAGUUUUUACAUGAAUAUUAGAGUGAUUGUGUUUUGUUCUUUUACCAUGUGUCCCAUCCUUGACUGAUUUUCUCUUUUUGUGAUAUUAGCAGCUGCCUCUGAUUAAUGCAUAAAUUCAUGUUUAUAUUUCUUUUUGAUCAGAUGAAUUUUCUUGGUAGAGUUACUUAAAGAGUGUCAUAGGAAACAUUUCUUUUUAAGGCAUUUAUAAAAGUUUACAGAAAUUUUUUUAAUGCCAAAUUAUUUAUUAAACAGUGAUAGGAUGAGAAAAUAUUUUAAAAAAAGUUAGCUGUUUUCACUGUAUAUUUUCCUGACCUCUUUUUAUGAUGGGAGGCUAUGUUGUAUAAUUGCCACAUAAGACUUUGUUAUGAAACAGAUCCUUGAUCUAAUUUGGGUCCUAUGAUGCUGGAUAAGUAAUCUGGAAUAAUUUAGUCCCACUAACCUCCGUGUUCUGGCUGUUUAGUGGUCAUAAUAAUGCACAUAUGUGCAUACAAUUUGUUAGACAUUUUUCUUUUCCAGUUUUUCACCAGUAAGAAAAGUGUUAGAUGUUUUGGUGUAUCUUGAUUAAUUUAGUCAUCUUUUUACCCUCUCAGUCUUUUCUGAUGUAAGGUGGAAAUUGGGAUAAUUUAUCUUAUGCAUGUGAAGAUAGCAAUGGUUUUUGACAUUUUGGGUGAAGCAUUAAAGAGAAUCUCUUUAUUUCCCACAAUGAAUAAUUUCCCCUUAAAAUAUUACUGUGGAAAAUGCCAGGAGUGGAGACAUUGCUCAUAUAUGUAUCUGCAUACCUCUCCAUUCAAUUUAUUUCUCACCAUUUUUGCUCUGUUUUUGAUGUUAGGCUUCUCUGUGACUGUGUAGCCUGCUAUUCUAUUUAAAUAUGAAAAAAGAUGCAGAGAACAUUAUUCCUCUAUGUGAUUUGUCUGGAGAGUUUAUUGUUUACAGUUUCCCAUAAUUGUAAAGAAGUGUUUAUUCUGAAUAUUGUGUAAAAUGUAUUAAAUGAGUGUAGCAUUUUUCAGUUUGUAGAACAUCUUCACAAAUGGUUUUGUAUUUCAAUAACUCUGAAAUAAUUUUGGCAAAGUCAAUGUUGUGUUUCGUGUCAUAAUAUAGCCAAAACACAUUCCAACAGGUCUUUGGCAAUGACUGACAAUUCUAUAGAUAGCUAAAAUGAGGAACAGAAAUUCUUUUAACAUCUUCUUUCUUACCCAUCUUAUUACCCAUCCAGCAUUCAUGAUUAAUUUCAGUGUUGUAACUUGUUUUUUUCCACUUCUGCAUACUCUCUUCCCACUCUACUGCCUUGCGUUGUGCAUUCCUAUCCUUAUAAUGCCUUUCUUUUUUAUUUUUUCGUGGUUAGAUCUCUUUUCUGCCACUAUGCCUCAAACACUGUCAUGGCACAAUGCUUAUAGUUGCUGAGUAUACAAUGCAGUUCUAUAUAUAUAAUAAGAUGUUAUUUUCUCGGCUUAGAUAAUAAUGUGUCUAUAUAUAAUUCAGAUAAUAAAGAUUAUUUUCAAUACUGUACAGAUAAGAAGUAGAUUUCUGUUUCAUUAUUUCCAUUAAAAAUUUUUUUGAGAGGGAGUUCUGAUACUUUCAUAUUUGCUCUAUUGUACUAGUACAGUAGUGUUUGCAUGUGGAUGUCUGUGAAUGAUAGUUUCUGUAGCACUUUGGAAGUGCACUAAAUUUUUUAUGUAUAAAGUAUUUCUGUAUUGCGUGUGUGUCUAUACUCACACACCUACAUAUACUUUAAAAGUCGUUGUAUUCAUUUAGUGUAAAAGAAAAAGUAGACAUACUUUUGUAAAUCAAAGAAAUGUUUGAAAUUUUAUUGUGUCUACAUAUCAACAGUUUUCCUUCUUUGCCUUGGAAAUAUUUGUAUCUAUACAUUUCAUAAAUUUUAUUCAUUAUGGUCUCAUAAAUUCACUGCUAUUUUUUGUGUCUGGCAGAUAAGUAUGUUGAGGAUUGAGAUGAACACUCAAGUCAUGAAAAUCUAAUAAAUUGAUAAACAAGAGAA